AUGGCCCUCCCUCUGGCCACGGCCUUCUGCGGCCCAGCCCGCGACGCCCCAGCCGCGGCUCCUUCGCGCCGAUCGGAAUUUCUUCGGGGGGCGUCAUUGGGCGUGGUGGAGUGCCCGCGUCCGGCCGCCCGCGGUCGCAGUGCUGCAGUCAGCGCCCAGUACAAGGGGCGAGGGACGGACCGGUCACGGGUGCCCGAGUUCCAACGCCAUGACAAGGAUACAGGGUCGACGGAAGUGCAGAUUGCCCGCCUGAGUGCGCGAGUAUCACAACUGACUGAGCAUCUGAAGGCAAACAAGAAAGAUUUUGCCACAGAGCGCGGCUUGAAGUCAAUCUUGGGGCGCAGGAGACGACUGCUGAACUACCUGUACCGGACGGACAGGGAGAAGCUGGAGACAGUUGUCAAGGACCUCGGCAUCCGGUAUAAAACCCAGGAGGCAAGGACGAACUAG